AUGGUGGAUGAUGAUGGAGGUGUUACAGUUGUGUUGCAGAAAAUCGUUAUAAUUAGGAAUGAUAUCUCCCCACAUCCAACCCCUUUAGAUCUCAUUGUUCAUUGCAAAUCAAAAGAUGAUGAUCUUGAAUUUCACACACUUGCAUUUGGAGGAACUUACUCGUUUCAGUUUAGACCAUUAUUUUUUCCAAGAUAUGGUCAUACUUUAUUCUUUUGUAGUUUUACAUGGAAAGGAAACCCCUAUCUUCACUAUCUUAAUGUUUACAAUCAAGUUGUGGAUGACUGCAAAGUUUGCAGUUGGAAAAUAAAUAUAACUGGUGGUUGUAACGAUUUUAAAGGAUAUGAGGAAUGUCGAAAAUGGGAAGGCGGCAUUUGA